AUGGAUAACUUUCCCAAAAGUAAUAGACGAAAAGCCGUUAUCGAAGAAUGGCUGAAAAAAGAAAAUAUUGAAUAUUCACCACAAGAACGGCUGUCUGAAUUGCGUGAGCGUGUAAAAAAACUUGUUCCGAUGUAUAAACGGUACGAGUUGGACGAAAUAGCACUGCAAAUGGGCCAUGGAGUUAUAAGGUUACCUCCAUACCAUUAUCAAUAUAACCCUAUUGAAUUAAUUUGGGCAAAGGUUAAAGCGGAAGUAGCCAAAAAAAACAACACCUUUAUGAUGGCAGAUGUUGAAAUGUUGGCGCACAUGGUUAUAGAUGCAGUUACACAGAAUGAUUGGGAGAAGUGUGUUGUACAUGCGGAAAAAAUUCAAGAAGAUAAUCAAAAAGAUUAUUAUUUUGGUUCAGUGGUAGAUUAUUACUAUUUGGAGGGUUAUUAUUAUUAUUGA